AUGGCGUACUCACUGGUUACCUCCUUCAUUGGAGAGUCUCUUCUCUCUGGCUUCGAGUGGUUCAACGGAACUGAUCUUUCCAAUGGAUUUGUACAAUAUCAGGACCUCCCAGGUGCCUUCAAAAAUGGGCUAUACUCUGUUGAUCCCUUCAGUGAAACCGUGCAGCUGAGACCCGAUUCUCGUCGCAAGUAUGGGUUGGAUGAAGGACGGCCAAGCAUUCGACUUGAGAGCAAAGAAUCCUACCAGUAUGGCUUGUUCAUUGCAGAUUUCCAACACAUGCCCAUUUCACAAUGCGGUACCUGGCCAGCCUUCUGGGCCUACGGAGACAAUUGGCCUAUGGGCGGCGAGAUUGAUAUCCUUGAGGGUGCCAACCUUGCCUGUACUAACAUCAUGUCUGCGCAUACAGCCGAGGGCUGCAUUCUUGAUCCCGCAGACUCAAACCUCUUCUCCGGCAUACGUCGCAACCUGGAUUGUGGUGUUGGUACAAAUAACGUUGGAUGUGGUUUUAACCCUCCUGAAAGUGACACUUCCUCCUACGGUGAUGGCUUCAACGCCAUUGGCGGCGGCGUAUACGCUAUGGAAUGGGACUCAGAAUACAUUUCGAUCUGGCAUUUUCCAAGAGGAGCGAUCCCAGCCGAUAUCGAGGCCAAGCGACCCGAUCCUAGAAAAUGGGGUUUGCCACAGAGUCUGUUUGGCGGCGCCAAGUGCAAUGUCGAUGAAUAUUUCAGCGAUAUGAAGCUUGUUUUAAACAUUAACUUUUGCGGCGACUACGGCGAAGGCACUUGGGGAAGCUCCAAGGUCUGCAAAGCUCUUGCGCCGACUUGUAAGGAGUAUGUUGCGAACAACCCUACUGCAUUCAGGGAGGCGUACUUCGAUGUUAGCUACAUAGACGUCUACACACGCCUUGGAGGAGAAAUACCACCAGUCCUUCCAUCGUCUGCUGGCAAGGCAUCUACACAAGCCUCAGAUGUUAUUAUCCCCGGAGCGUCCGCCACCAAUACCCCAAUGUCAGGAAAACCCGUGUUCCCAGGCACAGCUUUCCCCGGCAACAGCACCAUCACCACCCGUACCGAUCUCAAGGAGAAGGCUACACAGUCAGAGGAACCAACGACUACUACCACAUUGACGUUAACAGGCGUCUCGUCAAUUUUGGUUACUAUUCCCGGCUCUGGUACCGACGCCCCAACUGUUACGCCUCUUCCCAUCGCUACUGGUGGUAAAUCAGUCAACCCUUCCAAGAUUGGCGAUUAUUCAUACCUUGGCUGCUUUGGCUCACAGACCGGUUUCCAGACUUUCGACUUGGCUGAUGAUAGUGAUGAUAUGACUGUCGAGAGAUGUGUUGGUGCCUGCAAUGGACUGACAUACGUUGGCCUCUUUGAGGGAAACUGUUAUUGCGCAUCUGUCCUUGAUGGCGACACCCUUGCUGUCAGCAACGAGACCUCAUGCAAUCGCCCUUGCCCUGGAGACGAUAGCCAGUUCUGUGGUGGAAUGGUCACUCAGAACACCAGAGCUAGGUUCAGACGAACCACUCCUCUGCGCCGGGACGCACCUAGCAACGCUCUCCUGACAAUCUAUGCCGAUAUUUCUGACGUUGAACAACCCGAAGUCCCUCCUGCUAUGGGACCCGGUACCAAUGGUGCCUCCACCGAUAACGGCAACAGCCAAGGAGUUUCGGCCGCUGAUGAACCAGAGGACCCUACUGCCUCGGAUGACAGCACCAGCCAAGGAGGUUCAACGGCUGAUUCCACUACCUCGGAUGGUGAUGGUUCUCAAGGAGACUCGACUACUAAUGAACUAAAUGAUUCUACUGCCUCGAAUGACAACACUAGUCAAAGAGGCUCAGAGUCUGAUGACUCAGAUAUUCUUGUUGUCUCAAAUGACAAUAUUGACGCAUCGCUUGCUGGAUCAGCCUCCUCGGAAUGGUCAAGCCCUAAGGGAAACUCAGACGAUGAAAAUCACACAGGCGACCAAGAUGAUACGGACAGCGACUCUAUCUUGUCCGAUUCCGCUAGUGUGGUCGUAUCUAGCGAUCAGCAUGCUGCUCCAGUUGCGGCUCUUGGCUCCGCAUCUGAUGGUCUGGUUCUCGGAGCUGCCCAGUCUGCCGCUGAUUUCAACCAAGAGCCAGUCUUAAGCACGAUAACGUACUUUACCGGCAUGCCCUCCAACCCUGGGUCACUGGUUCCUCAACAGAGCAUUAUCGCCAUCUCGUACGAAAAGUGCGAUUACUGCGAGACCCCUGAGUUGAUCAAGCCGCCGAUGGAGACGAAGGUCGUCGAGUGUGACGGUUGUGGCCCCAAUGGUGAGGACACCGUUACGUUGACCGUUCCAAUCUCUGUUACCGUCACUGUCCCUGGUGCAAGCACAGAACAAGCACAGCAGACUGAGAACGCUGCUGCUGAGGCCGUCACAUCGUACGGAAGCAGUCCAGAACAGCCUCCGCGUAACUCCACUAUUCCCCCUGUGGUGCCGAACGGAAUGGGUGGCGAUGUAGAAGACGGAGAGUCUCCCGAGGUUACGACUAUUGUGAUAACAUACUUGACAACUCAGUUCGUCAAAUAUGGCACCUCCACAGACUCGGUAUCUACUGUGACAAGGACAGCUCGAAGAACAGUUGUUGUCACUAUUUCUAACUCUGGACAAAUGAGUAUCCUGCCUGUCCCAUCCCCUGGACACCCAAACACACCAGUUGCCCUUGCUACACCGACACCUGGCGCACCUAGUCAGCCGGUUGCUGUAGCUGCGGCAUCAUCUAGAAGAGAUGAUGUGUUUAUUUACUUUGCCAUCGUGGCGAUGGCGAUUCUGGCCUUGACGUUGUAA